AUGAUAUUCAUACGAAAGAUAUUUGUAUUGUCCAUAUUGAUUUGUUAUGCAAGUAGCUAUCCAAAAUAUAGAUCUGCAAUUGAUACUAAUAUGGAAGAUCCUGAAGAAAUAGGGGGAAACUUUGAAUGUGAUAUUUUCUUAACACCAACUACAGUCGUUCGAGGUAUAGGCAAGAAAGAUCCAUCUGCUUGUUGGCCAAAUGGUAUAGUUCCAUAUGAAGUUUCAUCAGAUUAUGAUGCAUAUGAUCGAGCAAAGAUUAUAUCAGCUAUGCGCAGUUUAGAAAGAGUUGUUUCAUUAAAUCCAACUACAGCUUCAUACUGUAUUCGAUUUCGUCCUAAAACUAUUGAUGAUAAAUAUUUUAUAUCAAUUAAACAUGUGGGUCGCAUUUUCGAAGGUGGCCAACAACUUACAUUACAAAUAAAAUCAUACUGUGUUGAUCGUGAAGCAACUAUCAUGCAUGAAUUUAUGCAUGCAUUUGAUUUUUGA